AGGAGGAGGAGGAGGAUGGCAGUGGCGAUGGCGGCGGGGCCGGUGGCGCUGAGGCGGGCGGGGGCGGCGGCGCGGGUCCUCACCCGCGGCAUCCUCACCCGCGCGGGGCGGCCCCGCCACCGCGGGCCGCUGCCGCGCACGCCCUGGACCACGCGCGGGCCUCCGCCGGAGGUGCUGGCGCGGAUGGUGGAGCGGCGGCCGGUUCGGAAGCAGGUGGAGCUGGACACCAUCACGUGCGCGGGACGGCAGUACCACAUACCCGGCCUGGCUUGGCCGCGCUUCCCGCCCUGGGACCGCGGCUGGCACGACCCCUGGCACUCGCUGGGGCCGCGCUACGAGGAGAUGCCGCUGUACAAGGAGCGGGGGUGCUACAUCUGCCACCAGGGUGUCCGAAUGCUGGAAGGGGUGCGGCAGGCGCAGUGGCUCACCAAGACGAAGCUGGUGGAAGGUUUGCCUCUAUCCGUGCAGAGCAUCCUGGACAACCCGGCCCAUGGGCUGCAGGAGCACGAGGAGCGGGUGAAGGACGCGAUCUCACACGCGCGGUUCUGGGACACCAGAGAGGUUGCUCCCAAGAGGGACCGUUUCUGCCCAGUGCUGUUUGAAGACUUGAUACAUUUAUGCCGGUUAAUGUCUAGGAAGUAUCCUGCUCUGAGUAAAAGGAUGUUGGCUAGAAACUACAGGAUAGCAGCAACAUGGGAAAGAGAAUCCGUUCUCCUUCAGGUCCGUGGCCUGAAUGGAAUACUCAUGAACUCUAUGGCCCCAAUACCACCAGUAGCCUCCAAGGAGGAGAUCCUAGCCACCAAAGAACAUGUUCUGGAGACCUUCCAUCCCAUCUUGCCUACAAUUGAUCUUCAGGAGGUGAAUGUGUACAAAGAGCUCAAUGACACAGGUUUCAGAGAUGGUUAUCCCUACUCUCAUCCUCACACUCUGUUCUUCCUGGAGUCAGCCAUCAUUUGCCCUGACAGGUUCAGACCAGAACAGCUCCGUGCUAAAAUGCUGAUGUUUGCUUUUGGCAACGCGCUGGCCAAGGCCAAGGCGCUGUAUGGGAAUGAUCCCAAGGUUUUGGAGCAGCCAAUAGUGGUGCAAAGCAUUGGCACAGAUGGCCAGCUCUUCCAGUUCAUGGUGUUCCAGUUAAAUACAACAGACCUUGUCUCUAACGAUGGCAUAAAAAAUCUAGUGUGGAUUGACUCCGAUCAGAAACUGUAUGAAACAGCCCAGUGUGUUCCAAAAAUCAAGAAGAGAGUUGUAGUGAAGCCCGUUGGAAUUCAUGGCUUUCAGCCAGACACAUUCAAGAAGUUUCUGGCACUGUAUCUGCAUGGAACUGUGUGAAAUUCAGCUCAAAUGAAAAUACUUCACCAACUGUACCUGCUGCUUCUCUUUGCCAGAACCAUCACAUAAUUAAAGAAAGGUGGAUUAAUUUACUUUUAAAAAUAAAUUAUAUCGUUACUGAAAGUAAAAUAUUUUUUUUAAACUAAA